AUGCAGGUGGUGGGAUUAGAUGAAGGUGGAUUAUGUACUCUCUCACCGAAUCAGAGUCUCUAUGCUAUUGUGUACAAUCAUCUAAAUGUUGUAUUUAAGGAUUAUAUUCGUUGUACAAAUAAGUUGAUACAUAAUUCUCCUCCAAGUCCUACAGCUCUCUCACAACACCGCCGUCAAGAGGAUCCUAUUAUCUCAAAGUUUACAGCCCUAGAUGAAAUUCAUGAAUUACAAUGGUCACCCGAUAGUACUCUCGUUUCUUUACUUUUAGCGAGAAGAAAAAUUGUGGAAGUGGUGAGUGUGUAUGGAAAGUGUUGUGUGGCUCGCAUAGAUGCUGGGAUUUCUGGUUUACGUGCAGUAUUAUGGCAUCCAUCCUCUCGUGUGAUUUAUUGGGUUGGACUUUUACAAGUUCAUGUACUUUCCCUUGUGGAUGGAGAAGUAAUGCGGCUUCCCGGUGGGGUGAAGUACUCUGCUCAACUCGCCGCAAGACAUUCUUCCAAUAUAUUGAAAGAGACAGUUUCUCCUAAUGGUGAUAACGUAUCACAUCAUCAUCAGUCUUCGUCUUCUUCUUCUUCCUUCUCCUCUUGUGAAACCUCGUGGGUAAAUAAACCCGUCAGUAAAGCAGCAUUACUUCGUUUUUCUAUCUGUCGUCGUUUUUUAGUUUAUGUAACCCCUAAAUCAUUACAUUCACCCUUGUUAAGAGAUCGUGAGGAUCAGGGAAAUGAAAUAUUUACACCUGGUAGUGAAAUGACCCCAAUGGUAACAACAACAAAUGCCUCAAAUGGGGGAGGUGAAGAUCAUGGUAUGAUUUAUCAUCAUACUGCUUUAGAUAGAGAAGGAAGAGAAAAAGAAAGUGAUGGUCCACGUCGUAGUGAGUGGAUUGUGAUUUUAUCUGCCACUACACAUGAAGAAUUACACACAUUUUCUAUUGGACAUCUUGUUCGACGUGUUUCAGAUUGUAUUCCACUACAAGGUGGAAUAGCUUUGGUGGAUUACAUACAAGGUUCUGUAGUCGUGACAACGUAUAAUGGUGUACGGGUCUUAUAUAAAGAAGAAUCUGGUGUAAAAAAUGUAGUAGCUUCAAAAAAAGGGGAUAUUCUUUUUAUCGUAUUCGCAAAAGAGUGUCGUGCUGUUGUGGUAUCUCAAAAAAGAGUGAUGGCUUUACGAAAAAUCUCUUUUUAUGAGGAUGUGAUUAUACCUAUGCAUUUUAAAAAUUUACUCUUAUUGGAAGAACCAAUAUCAACGGCAGAUAUUACAGCAAAGUUUUCACGAGAUUCAGGUCCAUAUGAAGAAGAUGUAAAGGAUUUUCCUUCAUGGUUUAAUAUUAAUAAAGAUUUAAUUCCAGAAGAAUCAUUAGUAAACUCUUUUCCAUCUAGUUCUCAUGUUGCGAUGAGCACUUCUGGUAAGAUAGCUGCCGUUACUUUAGGUAUAUGUCCUCGUACUGUUUUAGUGAUUGAUAUUUUACAACAACGUGUUUUGGCGGUACUUCACCAUCGUGAAAAUGUUGUAGGACUUUUCUGGAGUCCAUCACCUUCUUCUGAGUAUUGGCGAUUUCAGCAGCGUCAUUAUUAUCAUCCUUCUCAUUCUCCUCCUCAACGUGUUCCGCAUGAAAAUGGGAAUGGUGAAAUCAUAAAGGAGAACAAUACAUCAUCUCUUGAUUGGGAUGAACCUCUUAUGGUAACAACAGAUAAUCACGAGGCAAAGGUGUUUAUGUGGCUUUCUAACCAUCCAAUGUGUUUUGUAGCACCUUGCCAUAAUAGUAAUAGUAAUGAUGAUGGGAACAAUGGAGGAAAAUGUGAUUUACCAGCAUUACGUAUUAAUCGUGCUAUCUUUGGUGAGACUGCAGAAGAUGCCGUAUUGAUAGAUGAUAUUAGAGGAAUAGCUCUUACAGUUAUAUUCUGUAAUGAUGAAUUGAAAUCUAAAAAAUAA